AUGAAGGUUCCGUACUUAAUUUACGUAUUUCUAACCCUCGCACCUAUUGCAACGCAUUCCAUCGCCGUUCCCACGGACCCCAUAAGACCCAUGUUGGACUCCAUUGAACUUGCAGAAAGUGCCUUGGCGCCGUUUAUAGCAUUCACUGGUGGGAAAUUGUAUGCAUCUCAAGAUGGCAAUAAUUCAACAUCGGUCUGUCUGCAUAGAGGCGAGAGAACGUUACCUAUGGUGUUUCCCGUAACACUCACAGACCUUGACAGACUACAUAAUCUCUUAUCAAUGCCGCAUGGUGAAAAAUCAGCAGAGCUUGAUAUGAUAGAAGGCUGUUAUUUACGUCGUGAGGGAAAAGAUAUGCCUUGUGUGGCCUCACUUCAAUCUCUUCCUGAAGAUUGCUCUAUGAAUAUCACGGAUUCCACAAACUAUUGGAAUUAUCGCAGGAUGAUGACUGUUAUGUCCCCAGACUCUGUAAAUCUUCUUAACGGUAGCGCUGACUUAAUUGUUGAAAAUAUUUUACAAGUUCAGAACUUACGUGAACGCCUACGCUACUCCAUCCUGCGAACACGAGAAGCAGCAAAAGCAGGAAUACAAUUGUGGCAAAUUGUCUCUCAAGGAUGGAAUAAAAGUAAUAAUAUUCAAGCUCAUCAAUUAUUUGUAGAGGCAGUAAGUGCAAGAGGUGCAUCUAUCGUAAGAGACUCAUAUGAAGAUGUUAUGGAUAAAUGGAAUGUGGUAAAACAGUGGGUGAAAACUUCAGUUGGUGAAAUUGAUAUAAAAGUACCUACCUAUACUACUAUAAAUGGAACUCUUUUAGGUUCUCAAGUCUAUUGUAAUCCAUCUAUUUUUUUAGAUGAUUGGUUAAAUUUUUUUGAUGAAGUAAUGUAUGGUUAUCACGUUAUUUUUGGUUUUGAGCGAGAGGUUGAAUCUUUUUAUAGUGGAUUUAAAAUGUUCUAUAACAGUACAGGAAGAAACGUUAAUAAUCUUAAUCAUUUACCUUGUAUAACUGCUUCCUUCGCUAUUCAGAUGAUGAUACUUGAAGAUUUUCCAGUUCGUCUUGCUUAUUGGGAUAUGGUAAAUGAAACAGGUUCAAAAAAUGCUCCUUGGCCACUAGAACGUUUUGCUAAACUUGGUGAUUCUGGAAAAAGAGUUUCUCUAAAUCGUAAUUAUCUUCUUAAUUAUUUACAUAUGUCGUUAGCUUUUUUAACAGAACAACCUCAUGUGGGAAAAAUAUUUGAUGGAAACGUUCCAUUGGCUACUUGUGUGCGACGAGCAAUUCUCCGUACUCCUGGUACAAACGGUGAGCCAGUACCUAGUUCCAUUUAUGAGUGUAUUUCAUUAUUCCAUAAUACCUCUUGUAAUGACAAACAACCCAUUGGUGUUCCUAACAUCACCCAAUCAGUGCUUGGAUUAGAAAAGGAUGAUGAAAAAGUAACCGUACAUUCCUGUCCCUGGGGAUUUAUUCAUCCUAGUGGAAAUGCCUGGAAUAGUGAAGAAGAUUGUGUGAUGUGUCCACCUGGAUCCUUUGAUGAUGGUGAUGGUGGAUGUAGUUGCGGAGUAGACUUCUAUCCUUCUGCGGAUGGUUGUAUGGCGAAGUUGGAGAUGUACACACCUUCACCAUUAUGGGAAUGGCGUGUAGAUCCGGCUAAUGUGUUGACGCCUAAUAUGGAGGAAAACAACCCAAUGCCGUUUCUUAACGUCAUGCCUCCAAAUACGGCAACAACAACAACAUCAUCAUCAUCAUCAUUGGAUAGAGUGACACUAAGAAUUCACUGUAGUGAAGGACUCUCACAGUUUGAAGUGUCUAUGCCGGGUGUUAAUGGAAGUUAUAUCUCAGGAAACCCCAAACUUAUUCCCUUACAGCGUGAUAUUACUAUUGUAUCUGCCACUACGAUCUCAAUUAGACUUGUAUCAUCAGUAGCCUUCGGUAGUGAACAAUGUGAUUUCAGUGUAUCUGUACAAAAUCCAAUGUACCGUACUUCUCCACCUCUUCGUGCAGGCACAGCUAUUAUUUUACCUACAGUUGCAGGAAUUCAAGUUUAUCCUCUUGAUCUUUCUUCAGAUUUGUCUUUUCCAAAUUCUGUAGAGACUAUUCUUUCAUGUGAUAACUUUCCAAGGAAGAGAUCGGCUGUUGUUAAUCUGGGUAUUUGUUCUAUGAAAGAUGGAAAUUUGGCAGUAGUUGUAAAUACACAGAAUUACACUCACUUUACAAGAAAAUCCUUUCAUAUUAUUAAGCAAGCCGUUUGGGCAGAAAAAAAACGAGCAACCGAACUUGGAAAUAUGAUGAGUAAAAUAGGAGAUCGUAUUCAGCUUGCGGUACGGAUAACAAUUCUUGAAAACAAUACAACACCUUCACAGAAGAGAGUUAUUAACAAUCAAUUCCCUAUUCUUAAUGAUAUUUAUAAGUUUAUUGUACUUCCUGGAACUCCAGAGUAUGUAACUGUGGAGUUUCAGAUUGUGGACCGGUGUGCCACUAGAUCAGGAACACAAGACCCCAGCUGUGCAAAUGCAAAAUUACUCUUCGCACAAGGCGCAGUAACCACAAGACUCUUUAAAUUGCCAACCAAUACUAAUACCACAGAAACAUCAGAGUACUCGGAGGGAACGGGGGAAGAUGAGAAUCACUUAAAUACACCGACUACGCCUUGGUGGCGAGUACUACUUAUUGUGAUUGGAGUUCUUGACACCUUACUGUUCAUUACAGCAGGAGUGUUACUGGUAAUCUAUUUGGUGUACUUUCGAAGUGCAGAUCGUUCUAACAGUGUAAAGAGUGACAGUGAAUGUCCGUUUGACAGUGUUUCACCCUCAACAGAUUCUGCAGUGCGAGAGGAAGAUGAUGAUGGUAUGGGGAUUAAUGAGAGUUCACAUGAACCCACCGUGUUCAUGGAAUCUGUGGAGACAUCGCGUCCAUAUUGA